AGGUUAUUUCUUUCAAAUUUACUCAUGGUCUCUCUCAUCCAAUUUAUACAUCACAUUGUCAAAGAACAUCCAAGUCUCCCAAUAAAGAAAAAAACGAUCUGCGAAUAUUGCUGGAAACACCCAAUCGAUCAAAAAUGGGUUCAACUCCUGCCGCAGCCACAGUGUCGAAGCUGGUAGCCAAACUGGAUUUGAAACCGCACCCAGAAGGUGGCUUCUACAGGGAAACAUUCAGAGACCCUUCCCUCCUCCUCUCCAAACCUCAUCUUCCUCCUACUUACAAAGUUGAUCGACCCGUCAGUACAUCUAUUUACUUCUUGCUUCCUUCGGCAUCUGUCUCUCACUUGCACCGCAUCCCGUGCGCAGAAACGUGGCAUUUCUAUUUGGGAGAGCCAAUUACGAUCGUGGAACUCAAUGAGAGUGAUGGUAGUGUGAAGCUAACACGCCUCGGGCCUGAUCCACUUGCAGACAAUGGAGAGGUGGUGCAGUACACUGUGCCUCCAAAUGUGUGGUUCGGCGCGUUCCCAGCGAACGACAUUGGAAUCUCCUCUGACAUGAAAUCUCUUGUGAAAACAGCUCCAAGAGAUGGGGAGAGUCACUUCUCUCUGGUCGGGUGUACCUGUGCACCCGCCUUCCAGUUUGAGGACUUUGAGCUUGCAGAGAGGCAUCACCUUGUUUCCGAAUUUCCUGAUCACGAGCCAUUAAUAUCAUUGCUCACCAUUGCUUAACUUGCUAGUUUCUUGCCCUUAUAGUCCUGGAAUAUCAUUGUUACUCACGCUAUACAAAAUCCCCCAUUUUCACCCGAUCACCAAUACAUUAAAACUCUAUUUUAUUGUAUAUUUGUAUGGUCUUCGUUUUGAUGUGUUUUAUGCACUCCCAUCCGUAUGUUUUCAAACUCUUUUGUGGUCCUUCUUAAUUUUGUGGUUUAUACUACAGUAUGUUUCAAUAUAUAAAUGGUAUUGUG